AUGAGGACGGACGCCUUCUCGCUCCUUGUGGCCCUCGCGCUCCUGAGAGCGGCGGAAGGGAGAGGCCCUCGGGGGGAUCUGCAGGAGGAAAAGGGGAGAACCAUUCUGACGCAGGAGGAAGCAGACAGUUUACACGUGGUGAUAUCUCAGUUCAUCACCGGAGGCGGACUCCUCACCGCCUGCUUCAUAGUCCUGAUGAGCACCUUCAAGCCCUUCUACACCUUGUUCACGGAGAUUCCAGGACAAGGCGUAGUUCGGCAACGUAGCGGAGAAAUCUUCGGGAAUGUGCUGAGCAGGGGUCUGUUGGAGGCCAAGGCAUUGCGAAAUCAGGAUAUGGACCUCAAAAUCCUUACUGCAACAGGAUUACGUGCAACUGCUUACGUGGGAGGAGGGAAAGGGUGUAAUCAAUAG